GCGUUGUAGCGUCAGUUCAUGAAGUGACAGACUUUACAUAAAAUGCGAGUAACGGACAAAUACUGUACGUUACAGGAUAUCUAUACAAUAAACGCAUGUACUGGCUGGGCUUGGCGCUGAAAAGCGAAAUAUGCUUAUACCUUGACUUGAAUCUGCUGAUGUAGUUGGCGUUAUUUCCCACGGGUUUGUUCUCUGCGCCGUACCACAAUGAGCAGGCACACUGGGGAUGCCGGGCGGGUGGAAGUGGAGCCUAUGCCGGGGUACGUGGACUUCAUCACCAGAGCCUCCUCUGUCUGGGUGGGCGUAUGGAGAGACUGUGGCAAUUGCGGCGUGGAGCUCUCCACACGGACUCUCCUGGACAAUGCAUACAUUACCUGGACCGAAGUCGCCCUGUUCUUCUUUUGCACCUAUUUGUGGACACUGGUCAGGAGGGGACUGACAGAAUGUCUGUUUAUGCCUCUAGCACACUGGUGUAGGCUGAUGCCCAAAGAUGCUGCCAAGAUGCCAGAGAGUGCAUGGAAGCUGGUCUUCUACACCAUGUCAUGGUCCUAUAGCACCUACCUGCUCUUCUUCAGCUCCUACUCCUUUUUCCAUGACCCGCCCUCUGUCUUCUACAACUGGAAAAGUGGUAUGCCAGUGCCUACAAACAUCGCCAUAGCCUACCUGAUGCAGGGCAGCUUCUACGCCCACUCCAUCUAUGCUACAUUCUACAUGGACACAUGGAGGAAGGACUCUGCUGUCAUGGUGGUGCACCACAUCAUCACACUGGCACUUAUUAGCUUCUCAUAUGCUUUCAGGUACCACAACGUAGGGAUCCUGGUGUUGUUCCUCCACGACAUCGGUGACAUCCAGCUGGAGUUCAUCAAGCUCAACAUCUACCUGAAGUCCAGAGGUGGAGGCUAUCACCGGCUCAACGACAUCCUGUCUGAUGUGGUCUCUGUCAGCUUCAGCAUCACUUGGUUCUUGUUCCGUCUGUACUGGUUCCCUCUCAAAGUGCUGUUUACCACAUGUGUUUCCAGCCUCCAGUUUGUGCCCAACAUCCCUUUCUACUUCUUCUUCAAUGCUCUUCUCUUUAUGUUGCUGCUCAUGAACAUCUACUGGUUUUUGUUUAUUGUGGUUUUCAUAGUGAAAGUGCUGAAGAUGAAGGAGGUGAAUGACGUCAGGGAGUACGAGGACAGCAGCCUGGCAGCAGCACGUCUGCACCGAGACCCUCGGGCAGAAAAUGGCGAUGAUGUUGGACAUCACAGCGCUGCUCAGGGGAAGCAUGUGCAGAAUGGAGUCAAGGAGAAGAGUCUAUAACAGGUUCUCUGUCGCCACCACCUGGAUACAAGUACAGAGACGCCCUGCUGGGACAGCUAACGCUGAAGGGGAGAUGAGGAGAACAGGGCGUAGUUUUUAUUUUUACUUGUUUUAGAACAUUUUGUUUCAUUGUUGUGGUUCUGAUCUGUGUUUUAAUUUUAUUACAAUACUGUGAAUGAUGUUUUAAGCGACUUUGUUGCUAACUUUACAGUUGGUAGGUUCAGAGAAAAAAACAAUUAGUGACUAAUUGUCACAUACAGUAGAACAGGGUAUUGUAUUCAUCACUGUCACCCUUAGCAACGCUGCAGCACCCACACACGGAAAAGUUUAGGCCUGUGGUGGGUCUGUAGUAACUUUAAGUGACCUGGUAAGCCAGCAGUACGCUGCUUCUGUAGAGGUGAGCUGUGAUUACUGUCAGUGAUCGUUUCCUUUCAGCCUCACUGACACAAAGACAAAAGACUUAAUGGGAAACAUGACAUAGUUCUCAUGGCUGUGGUGAUGAAGGAGAUCCUGCCUGGCAUUUGUCUGGUGCCGUUUCACCAUGUGUAUUAGUUUUCAUAUCAUUGCACAAGUCAGUGGUGGCGACCACAGCUCUGACCCCCUGCAUCAGUUCAUUUCGAUGGAAAAGCCACACUAAUGUGUGUGUUACGCGUUUCACAACAUUUCACCUCAGUUUCUCUUCAUCCUGAAGAUAAACGUGCUUUGGGAAUAUUGGCUUUGCAUUCAUGCAAGGAAUUUCUUUCCCCCUAUCCUCUGUGUUCUGUGUGAAUCUGCUGCACUGACAUGAAGGCAUACAGGCUGAUUGCUGGUUUAAUGAUAGCAAAUAUUUAGGAUCGAUUAACUAGGCUUCAGUGCCGUCCUCAUGAUUGAAUUUAACUAAAAUGGGAUUUGAAUAAAUUUGAAUAAUAUAAGGAGUUGAUGGGUGGUGGUGGCAGUUGCCAGCGUUCAGAAGAGAUCACAACAGCAGCUCAGCAGUUGUGUAAAGAUAUAUAUUAAAAAAAAUCAGUAUGAUAAAAAUAUGAGUGCACUUUAUGGUAUUGAGGAAUACAUGACUUGGGAUUGAUUUUGGAAAUAUGCUAUGAAAUUGUCUUAAACAGGAAAAAAAAAUCCUCUUGCCAUGUCAUUACAGCGUACUUAUUAACAUCUUAGCACUCUAAAAUGAAGCAGCAAUGGCCAUUGAACAGCUCUGGUAAACAACCAUAAAAACCAGUGUGAGAUGAACCUCAUUUGACUGGUUAAGCAGAAAUCCACUGGUUCACCUUGCAUAUGUUACAUGGAUCCAGCUGUUGCACCAGUAGAAAGUAAAGGAUUUUCCUAGUCUUCCUAACUUCUUGAUCAAACUUCAAGCUUGUUUUAUUGAACAGCAGGCUUGUGUUGCCAGAGUAGGCUGCAGAUCUCGUCCGUUCUGUUUUUGUUUGUCUUCCAUAGUCCCCAUGUCAGCACUCAGAUGUCAGUUAUUGGUGUAGUUCAGGUUAGAAUUUUUUGUUUUUGCUAUGAGAGCACUGAUUGUAUUCCAGUUGUUCUGUUGUGUUGUGAUGGAUCAGAUGUUUCCAGGGACCAGGGAGGUGGUGUUUUGUUAAUCUACAUUGCAAAAAUCUGGAUUUAUUCUCCGACCUCUUUAAUCCUCUUUAAUCUAAGUGCUGGCCUACAUCAGUCUUAUUGUGGUCACUAGACAUCUGUACUGUUCAACAUGGUUGAUCAAACAUGCUACUGUGUUGAAUAUCAGAUCUGUACAACUGAUUGGUUUUAUAGCAUGGUAUUCUGGCAGGAAGUUAUUGUCUUUUUAAAUUCUCUGGGUAUAUUUGGCU